AUGACAACCUCGAUCUCACAGACAGCUUCAGUUCCUUACGUUCAAGCUCCUGAGACAACUGAGCAACUGGAUUGGGCAGAUCUGGUGGCCUUAGACCUAUCCAAGUUUGACAAGCCUGGGGGAAAACAAGAGCUUGCAGAAGAAUUCGCGAGAGCGAUUGAACAGAUAGGCUUCUUUUACGUCAUCAAUCACGGACUCAGCCGGGAAGAUAUCGACCAACAGUAUGCUCUAGCUUCCACCGUUCUUGGCUUACCAAACGAAUACAAGCAACCGUUUAGAGCAGCACUCGAGGCCGGCAACUUCAAUGGUUGGAAACCCCCGGGGACCCGGGAGCUGAUCCCUGGUAUUCGGGACAAUUUUGAGAUAUACAAUAUCCCUAAGUUCAUCCCCGAGCAUGCAUCGCAACCACAUCCCAACGUAGUGAAAGAAAACUUGGCAACAAUCGAGAGAUUUUCCCGGUACGUCAACGACAGAAUCGUGAGGAAACUUCUAGUCAUAUUCGCCUUGGCACUUGGCCUCGAAGACGAAGAGUGGUUCGUUAAGAAGCAUCGAUAUGAGAAGUCUAGCGGUGACCAUCUCCGCUACAUGAAGUACUACGCGAGAAGUGAAGAGGAUAACCGAAAGCUUGGUGGUGUUUGGUUGAAGGGGGAAUCAAGACAUUCGGAUAUGGGUAGUUUGACCUUGCUUUUCCGACAACCUGUUGCUGCACUUCAGGUCCUCACAAAUGAUGGGACAUGGAAGUGGGUACGACCACAGACGGAUGCGCUUACUGUCAAUAUUGCCGAUGCAUUGCAAUUCCUCACGAAUGGCUAUCUGAAGUCCAGCAUCCACAGAGUGGUCGCUCCACCGAAAGACCAAGCGCACAUUGAUCGUCUGGGGGUGAUCUACAUGGUUCGGAUAGAAGAUGACACAGACCUUAUACCGAUCAAGGAAUCUCCCCUCCUACAGAAACUUGGCCUCACUGAAGGCGCGGUACUUGGAAGUGAUGGUAAGCCAGUGAAGGCGGGGGAAUGGGUGAGAGAAAGGAUCAUCAAAAAUAUUGGCGCCACGAGCCAGUCCAAUGGCGACAACCUGGUCAAUGAUCUUGAGGUCAUUAAGGGCGUCAAGACAACAUACUUUGAUUGA